UACGACUCACACCACCACUCUUUCAAUUUCCAUUUUAACUUCAAAAUCAAUUUGAUUUUGGUUUUGAGUUUUUGAAUUCGUUUCUUUUCCAUUGGUGUCUAGAGAUGAUCGAUGGUGGUGGUCGAGUGAGGAAUACAUGGAGCCCCAAAGAAGACGCUAACCUUAUCAAGCUAGUGGAACAGCAUGGCCCAAAGAACUGGUCCAUUAUAAGCGCCGGAAUCCCUGGAAGAUCAAGCAAGUCUUGCCGCCUACGGUGGCACAACCAAGUCAGCCCUGCCGUGCAGCACCAUCCCUUUCAGCCUGCUGAGGAUGCUGUUAUCAUCAAAGCACACGCUAUUCAUGGGAAUAAAUGGGCCACCAUCGCUAGGCUAUUGCCCGGACGUACUGAUAAUGCUAUAAAAAAUCGUUGGAACUCUGCCUUAUGCCGGAGACGAGAAACAGAGAGGUCAUCGGGAUCGUCCAAGUCAAAACCGAGCCGGGAUGCGUCCCAGUCAAAUUCAGGGAACAAGAAGCAGUGCUUGGAAAGGGUUUCGCUUGAGCAUGAGAGUGCAGGACUGGUGGUGCCCAAUAUGCAGUUGACGCUGUCUCCACCGAGUGACGGCUUCGCAUCGGAACACAUGGAGGAAAAAGGGGAGGAUAAGGAGAAAGAAACAGCAAUAAUACCGGUGGUUAAGAGAGAGGACUGGUACGUAGGUGCUGAGAAAAGAAUGGUGGAGAUGGACGAGAGUUGCAUGUUGACAAUCAUGCGACGAUUGAUCAAAGAGGAGGUUAAGAGUUACAUUGAAUCAUUAAUAGCUGAUGCAAACACUUAACCAUAAUAGUUUUCCCUUCUCAUUUGAGUUUUCAUUUUUC